AUGCCUUCUAAUCGCGCUGCGCAACAGCCUUCCAAGUUGGCACGCUCCUUGGUUGUCUCCGAGGUCCCUUACCGUACGCCUUUAAGAGGCCAAAUCGUCAUUCGCAAUUCUGCAGUGGCCAUCAAUCCUAUUGAUUGGCUCAUUCAGUCCCGAGGUGAUCUUGUAUUUCCUUGGUUGAAGUACUCUUCCAUUCUUGGGUUCGAUGCUGCAGGCGAGGUCGUCGAAGUUGGCGAGGAAGUCACCCAGUUCAAAGUUGGUGACCGCGUACUUGGAGUAUGCCGCGGCACCGAAAAAGACGAGAAUGACCCUUCGCAGGGCGCGUUCCAGCACUACACAGUGCUUCGAGAAAACUGGGUGUCUCAUAUCGCCCCAGGCAUGUCCUUUGCCCAAGGAGCCACUCUGCCUCUCGGUGUCGCAGCUGCAUCAGCAGCACUAUUUGGCAGCUCCUACCUCGAGCUUGACUUACCCACGGUACCAGCACGCCCAUCAACGGGGAAGACAGUUCUUAUAUGGGGCGGAUCCUCCAGCGUGGGUUGCUGCGCUAUUCAGCUGGCCGUCGCCGCUGGCUACGAGGUAUUCACGACUGCUUCCCCAAAGAACCAUGACCUAGUGCGCAGACUGGGAGCUUCACGGGUGUGGGACUACAACAGCAGCGAGGUGGUAGAUGAAAUAGCGGAGGGCCUCAAAGGCAAGGUGGUUGCCGGCGCUGUUGCCGUGGUACCAAGCUCGGGGAAUAAAUGCAUGUGCGUGCUGGAGAAGGCUCCCAAAGGCGCCAACAAAUUCGUGGCCAUCGUCUCUCUCCCAAUGCCAGACAGCGAGCCAACUCGCAUGGGGAUGGUGGCGACAGCCGCGACGUAUCUGACGAAAACAGCGACUUACGGCGUCAGGAGUAUGAUGAACGGAAUCAAGUGGAACUAUGUGACAAUGGACGGAAUGGCUGAAGAGGGGCUGAACAAGCAAAUAUUCGUCGACUUCUUGCCGAAAGCUCUUGAAUCAGGGUCUUUCGUCCCAUCGCCAGAGCCACUCGUGGUCGGGCACGGGCUGGAGAAGAUCCAAGAGGCAUUCGAACUGCAGAAGAAGGGUGUUUCAGCCCAGAAGAUUGUCGUCACUCUUUAG